UUACCUAUCAGUGUUUACCAUGAUCAAUAUUUGGAAUCAAUAAAUACCCACUCUCCUUCACAACCCUUUUCACAAGCAGGUGAGAGGGAUUCAACAUUUGGUUGGACUAUGUGGGAGCUCUCGAUGGUGUCGUCCUGGCCGGGAACAUUGGCAUCGUACAUAACUCCUCGUUGGUCGCCGGCGAGGUUGCUGAGGUGGUCGGGGAUGAUGAGCGUGUCAAUUGUGGACGAAGUCGUGUGGAGAGUGGUGACCGCGUUUGAAUCGGUGGCUCUCGUUUCCAUGCUCUGCUUCUUUUUCUUGUUCUGUGGCUGCACCAUUUGAUCUCAACUCUCAACCCUUAGGCCUCGAUCUUUCUUUCUCAUUUUCAAUUUAGCACUAGCUCUCACUUUAUGGUUUUUAGAAAUUUUUGUAAUGGAAAAUUUGUUCUUUUUUAAAAGUAGAAAUGCACUGAACUAGGUUGAAGUUUUGUCUACUGUUGUGUGUAUUGUUUGUUCUCAGACUUCUUGAACUAUGUGUAUAACAACAGUAAAGGAGAAAAUUAAUGGCGUUUUAUUUGUGCUGA